GAAAGAAUCGGACGGUGUGAAAUAGUUUUGAUGAGAUAGGACUGUGAGAAGGCGGCCCUUUGUGCCCGUCCAAAGCCGGAAACUGCUCUCUCCGUCUACCUUGAAAUUGGAGACGGCAUUUAAAGCCGUUUAUUGCCUGCCUGACACUCUCAUCUGUAUCAUCAUCACUAACACUUAUUAUUAUUUAUCUCUCCCCAUAUAUAUGAUCAUUGUGUAUAUACAUACAUAUUCAUAUUUAUAGAUGAUCUCAAAUUUUUUUUUUUUCUUUUUGUGUAUUUAUAUGAUCUCUCUCUAGAAAUCCCCCUCCAUUCAUUCUCUCUCUAUAAUUUAACUGCUUCCCAGUCCUGGGUGCUCAGCAAUGGCGAUUGCGGCGGCAGCUGUUAUCGUCCCGGUGGGCGUUCUCUUUCUACUCUCUGGCCUCGUCAUCAAUCUUAUUCAGGCAAUUUUCUUUGUCAUUGUUAGACCAUGGUCGAAAAAUACAUACAGAAGGAUUAAUAGAGUGGUGGCAGAGUUACUGUGGCUGGAGCUCGUAUGGCUCAUUGAUUGGUGGGCGGGGGUUAAGAUUAAGCUGUACACAGAUUCAGAAACCUUUCAACUGAUGGGAAAAGAACACGCACUUGUCGUGUCUAAUCACAGAAGUGACAUUGAUUGGCUUGUCGGAUGGGUUUUGGCUCAGCGAUCAGGUUGCCUCGGUAGCACAUUAGCUGUAAUGAAGAAAACAUCAAAAUUUCUUCCGGUUAUAGGUUGGUCGAUGUGGUUUUCUGAGUAUCUCUUUCUUGAAAGAAGCUGGGCCAAGGAUGAAAGCACAUUAAAAUUAGGUAUUCAAAGGCUUAGCGAUUUCCCUCGUCCCUUUUGGUUGGCACUUUUUGUAGAGGGAACGCGCUUUACACAGGCAAAGCUUUUAGCAGCUCAAGAGUAUGCUACUUCCACGGGGUUGCCUGUUCCUAGGAAUGUUUUGAUUCCUCGUACUAAGGGUUUUGUUUCUGCAGUGAGUCAUAUGCGCUCCUUUGUUCCAGCCAUUUAUGAUGUAACAGUUGUUAUUCCUAAAAGUUCACCUGCACCUACAAUGCUAAGACUCUUCAAGGGGCAGUCAUCUGUGGUGCAUGUGCACCUCAAGCGGCAUUUGAUGAAGGAUUUGCCUGAAACAGAUGAUACUGUUGCACAAUGGUGUAGGGAUGUAUUUUUGGCCAAGGAUAAAUUAUUGGACAAGCAUAUAGCCGAGGACACCUUCAGCAACCAAGAAUUGCAAGACACCGGCCGGCCAGUAAAGUCUUUUUUGGUCGUUAUCUCUUGGCUUUGCCUACUUAUUUUUGGAGCUUUAAAACUCUUCCAAUGGUUUUCGCUUCUAUCUUCAUGGAAGGGUCUCACAUUCUCAGCAAUUGGCUUGGCCAUUGUUACGGUACUUAUGCAAAUAUUGAUUCAAUUUUCUCAAUCAGAACACUCGACCCCUGCUAAAGUUGCCCCAGCAAAGCCCAAGGAAGGGGUAGAACCUUCAGGAAUGGGACAAGAUAAGCAGCAGUAGAUGACAUUCUUGUUUUGCAAAUCUUUCAUGGUAUUGGCCUCUUCAUCUAUAGUUUUCAUUUUGUAAACUACUUGCAUUCGUCUUGCUUACCCUUGUUUUAUUGAAUAGGAAAAAAUUUCCAGUUGUAAAUUUUUGUACCAAUUGACAGAUUGUAUGCAAUAUCAAUUUAUCACUUGUUGAUCAAUUAUGUUAUUUAUUUUUAUUUUGCAAAA